GCGCCCUUUCUUCGUACCUCGCACCUUUUCUAUCAAACCGAUUAGUAUUUAGCAAAUUUGCUUUUCAACUACAAUCAAAAUGACUGGAGGCAAAUCUGGUGGCAAGGCUAGCGGCAGCAAGAACGCGCAGUCCCGCUCUUCCAAGGCCGGUUUGGCUUUCCCUGUCGGUCGUGUCCACCGUCUUCUGCGCAAGGGAAACUAUGCCCAGCGUGUUGGUGCUGGUGCUCCCGUCUACCUCGCUGCUGUCCUCGAAUACUUGGCCGCUGAAAUCCUCGAGUUGGCCGGUAACGCUGCUCGCGAUAACAAGAAGACCCGUAUCAUCCCUCGUCACCUGCAGCUCGCCAUUAGAAACGAUGAGGAAUUGAACAAGCUUUUGGGUCACGUCACCAUCGCUCAGGGCGGUGUUCUACCCAAUAUUCACCAGAAUCUCCUCCCUAAGAAGACCCCCAAGGCCGGAAAGGGUAGCCAGGAGCUGUGAACGUUUUUUUUUCUCUCUAUUUUAUUUGCUUGGGGUUUGUCAUUCGGCGUGGUUUGGCUCUCUUACUGAUAUGAUAACGGGGUUCUGGACUGGGCACGUUUAUGGCUCUUUUUUAAUUGUAUGCGUUUUUGUUUUCCUGUUACUGUUGUAAAUUAUGUCUACGGGCAUGGAAUGAUACCGACCAUUUUUAAAUGACUUCAACUAUAUUUUGCGUGGUUUGCUUUCGUAUUGCUCUACGGAUCUGGGCCUGAAAGGUACUUUUUCUCUUUUUUUCCCCUUCGCGCUGCUAUCCUCGAUAUCGCCAUUUGGACGAUUUCAAACCAAGGUUAUUCGCUGCGAGCUGCAUAAUAAACGUACUUGCAAGGACAAUGUUUCUAAUCGCGCCUAUCAAAUAAAUAC